AUGCAGCAUCUAGAUAGUCUAAAUACAUCUUCUGUCACUACACAUCAGCAGGCCCAGUAUAGGAAGUCACAAGCUUUUUGGCCUGCAAACUCCUCGACAUCAAGUCCUUACAAUGUGCAGCAUGACCAGCAUAACAGUACUAUAAACACUUCAACCGAUCUGUACCAGAGGUUGACAGUGCGAGCCUCGGAGGCGUCUGACCGUACGCAUCAAACUGAUAGCAUACCACAAUUUCAAGAUGACAAGCAAAGGGGAGGUGAAUCAGACUUCGAUGUGUCCAAGGAAGCAGCCAAUGUACGAACAAUUACCUCAAAUUCCUCUCUUUCUUCCGCGAAGGCUAAAUCUUCAGCGUCAUCCUACCCCUCGGCGCCACUUAUGUCUACAGCUCAAGACUCAGAUCAGCACGAGAUCCAGACAAAGCAUAUUUUGAAUCACGUGAACGAACUACUCAGAUUUUGCCAACUGCAGCAGUCCAAGCAUGUUACGAGUAUUCGGCAGUGCACCUCUAGCUUAUUCGUGUUGCUCUAUCAACGGCUCUUUGGCUGUGCAAUCGCGAACAUUGAGAGCUUCCCAAACACACCUGAAAAAAAGCGUCGUAAUGUAACUCUGGUGCUAGAGGAGCUUCGCAAGCGCUCCUACGCAUUAGCUGAUAUCUCUGUCGAGCAAGUCGUAAAACUCAAUGAGGACCAUGUCAGUCGCCUCAUUAUGGUAUUUGUGAGCAUUGCCGAUGAUAUGAAAUACCAGCAGCAACGUACAGCCGCUGCAGAAGUUUUAGAACGUACUCCGAUGCCCCAAGCACAUCCAGGUUAUACCGUAGCCGAAGUGGCUCCUCCAGGUGUGACGGUGGCGCCAAUUGUCUACACCACUGGGGCCCCCGCAACAGCAGCAGGCCUAGAAUUUAAUCUGAACCAAGCGGCCCCGCUGGGAAGGGCCUUUCCUGAAGCCUCUCCGCAUUUGGUUGACAAUGACGUCGAGUGCCCUAUGCCGGCUAGAUAUUUGAACCAGAAUCUGCCCCCCGAUGCCAUAUCACGCUACCCGCUUCCGUACCCAGCCCAUGAGGCUCUCGAGGGAAAGGAGAGGGGCGAAAGAGGAGACUACGGAAUUCAGGAGGAGAUACCGUCAAGUUCCUACGAGGACAUCGACUCCGCUAAGGCCGGCCCCUUGCCGUAUGUGUCGGCUUCUCCGAUUUCGAAGGAAAAGCUCGUCGAGACUUGGUCGCGUGAGAUUGUUUCACCCCGAGUCGACCCUGCGGACUCGCCGAACAACUUUUAUUUCCCAAUGCGCACCAGUGGCGGUAGACUUCUUUCCAGCAGCACCGCGACACCGCUGCGGCUGAACACGUCAGAUAUCCGCCAGCGCUUUCGGAAACUGAGCGAUGCGGUGCACGAACCAGCCCUACGACGUCCGACGCCAGGUGAUACGACAGCUCCAACGGCCCUGACGCCUAGUAGCACUGCAGUUGGGACUAACUCCGCCGAGGCGUCACCGGUGCCCCUUAUCGCAGGUGUGGGGCAGCGCCUUUCAUCGCAUUCGAAGCAAAAAAAAACGUACCCUCAAGCAUCGCCCGCGACCACCACACGGCCCACCCCACUCCAUACCAGCUCUGCGAAGAAACGCAAUCCGGCUCGACAGCUGCCGCAUCACGCAGGUCUCUCGUCCCCCAACCGCGUCGGCUCUUCGCGCCCUAACACCAUCGAGCUCUCAUCUCUUCCACCCGAUGAGCCGCCUCUCACUCCUGCCGAGUGUCGUCUCCUGGCAAGCCACCCGUACAGCCUUUACAGUGGCAAGGAUCGGGACCGCAAGAUCGAGCGGCUGCGCGCGUCGCGUUUCCUGAACGAGAUGCAAAGUCGUCUGCACCAGGGCAUACGUCGCGACUACGAAUCCCGCAUGGCCGAGAUGCGACAGUCCCUCAAACGCAACAUAUCUGCGUCACGGCGUAACAUGUUGGACGGGAUGCGAUGGAUUCGGGAUGAAAACAACAAGUACCGCGAUGCCUACACGACGGUGAUGGAGGCAGCCGCCAACGACAGUCGGAUGGCGCAGCGCAUGAUGUCGGACUACACCGCCAAGCUGGCGAAGCACUACUCCGACUCAUUGCAUGAGAGCCAGCGGAUGUCCGCCUACCUGGAGGAUGAGAAGGAGCGGCAGGACAUGAUGAAUUUGGUGCAAUACGCACAGAUAGUGACCUCAUGGCAACAGCAACUGGCCGUUUAA